AUGGCUUCCUUCCGUCUGCUCCUCCUUUGCCUCGCUGGACUGGUGUUUCUGUCUGAGGCCAGCCCUGCGGGCGCUGGUGAAUCCAAGUGUCCUCUGAUGGUCAAGGUCCUGGACGCCGUCCGGGGUAGUCCUGCUGCGAAUGUGGGUGUGAAGGUGUUCAAGAAGGCUGCUGAUGAGACCUGGGAGCCAUUUGCCUCGGGGAAAACCAGUGACUCUGGAGAGCUCCACGGGCUCACCACAGAGGACAAAUUUGUAGAAGGACUAUACAAAGUAGAAUUAGACACCAAAUCCUACUGGAAGUCACUUGGCAUUUCCCCGUUCCAUGAAUAUGCAGAGGUGGUGUUCACAGCCAAUGACUCUGGCCUCCGCCACUACACCAUCGCUGCCCUGCUCAGCCCCUACUCGUACUCUACCACCGCCCUUGUCAGCAGUCCCAAGGAGUGA